AUGCGCGGGGUCAACUCCCGCCCGAGGACAGCGAAGCCUAUUGUAGAUAUACCUCGAAAAUCUUCGCUGGCUCCGAUAGCAGCGCCACAAAAAACAGCUUUACAGCAUACAGCAUCGUUUAAACCAGUAAAUUUAUUAGAUUUAAGAAAUGAUGAUGUUAUUGUACGUCCGAAAACAAUGGGUGGACGUCCAAAAACAAGUAUAAUGAGCAUGGAUGAAUUUUUAAAGCGUAGCAGAAAAUUAGCAAAAGAAUCAGAAACGAAAGCCAAGGAAACUCCAUCUGUUGCUGAAGCAUCCAAUCUUGAAAAUAAAGUAACUAAUCCAAAGGAGUGGAUUGUUAACUUCGUUCGUUCAAAACUAUCAAAUAACGCUGCAACUUUAAUCCAAAGAACAUGGAGAAGCUACAAAAUACGAAAAAGCUGGGGUGGCAUCUUCAAUCAGCGUAUUUGGUCACGCCACGACAUAUUACUUCGAAUUUUCUUAGGCUGGCGUGGAUAUGCAACUAAAAAUUUUGAUGUUCAAGUACAAAGCUACGACAGAUUUUCAGCUCUCCACCAAGAGAAACCAUGGAUAUCGAUUAAAACCAACCUUGCUCCCUUCAACAUGUUUUAUGCAACCGGAAGAUGGUUUUAUCCGAAAUUAUUUAAUGCUAGAACAUUUCUUUACGUAUACAGAGUCUUUUCCAGACCAGAAGGGCGUCAUAUCUUACAGUUAUGGCGCAUUAUGGCUUCAAGUAUUCGCGGAUAUCGAGAGAAUUCUCACAAAUUCAUUCAUACUAUUCACAAACGGCAAGCCUUUGGUCCUGCCUUUAUUGCCUUUACCAUGUGGAACCGAUUCAUCCAAUGGAAGAAGGAGAACAAAGAGCGGCCAGACUGUUUUUCAUUACAAGUCAAAGAAAGACUCAUAAAUUGGGACAUUGUCGAAGGCAGAUUGAACAAAAGGAAAGCCCAGCGCAUCAUGGCCGACCAGCACCACACGAACGUCGUAAGGAAACACGCGUACAUGGCUAUCCACCAGCAUUUGGUCGAAAGAAGACAACUCGCUUUGGACAUGGAAUCUGCUGUCACUUUUUUCAAUCAUCAUGUUAUGGAACAAGCACGGCGCGCAUGGCUUAAGUACGACACUAUGAAGCGUCAAAAGCGUGUAGAGCUUCUUAAGAUGCAGCGUGCAUGGUAUACAAUGGUUUUCGAGCGUGCUUCUAAGAAUCAAAUUAUAUCUUCAAUGACUACGUUCAGGAACAAUCUCCUUUGUUCAUACUGCUUCACGAUGUGGCGCAAUAACAUCAGAUACACAUCUUUAAGACUCCUAAAAGGUGCGUACAUGAUGUUUAGAAAGCCCUCUCCAUUUCGACAGUUGUUUUUCGCAAUGUUGAACCAAGUUUCUUUUGUUUUCUUCGAAAGAUCAUUCCACGAAUGGGUCAUGUACUGGCGCAGACGUAAAGCGUGGAAGAAAUUCCAACAGGUCUUCAAACACGUUGAUGACAAUCGCGAAAUGAAACAAUUGUGUUUCUACGGAUUGAAAAAAGCUUCUGAAACAAAUUUGGUCAGAAGAUUGGUCCACACAACGAACAGGUUUUUCCCGAACCAAACAUAUUAUUCUGUAGAAGGCAUGCAGAAGAAUAUGAUGCUUUAUUUCGAUCCAGGAAAUCCUUUCAAGUACCAAAACGAUUCUUUUCCACAAAAAAGUGAUUGCGAAGUUUUGAUUCGAUCUUUUCUUUUAGUUCUUGAUCAGAAGCACAAAUUCGAUCGAUGCAAGUUCAGUAGCCAAAUCAAAGAAGUCAGAAUGACACCGAGAUUCGGAUAUUUCAAUUAUUCCGACAUCAAAAAGAACUUCAAAGAUAAUACUGACAUUUUGAGAAAAUGUUUAAGCACAAGACUUGCAAGAGAUCGAACAACAUUAACAGGUGUUGAUUCUCAUCACAUGGCUUUGAAACUUGCACAGGUUUUGCCUGGUUUCACGCCUUCACAAAGCGAUUCCUCGAAUGCUUUGGUUGUUACAGGCUUGAACGCUGCAAUUCCUUUGAAUAUCCCUGAAGACAUCGAACUGUCUAUCGACCAUUUGAUUGAAGAAGCUGAAAACAUGAAAUUUGUUGUUCCUCAAAAAGUUUCACAAAAUUUCAAAGGAAUGAGAAAAAUUUUUGACGAAAAACUUCGUCAUCCGAACAUCAUCUAUGGAAACAAAGAUGAUUAUCAGACACCAGAAGUUUCUGCUGUACAGAAUCCAACAAACAUUCCUCUUUCCACGUCGAAGAAACAAGGACAAUCAGUUACUUCUUUCACGAAACCUGUUGUUGAUUCGAUUCCUUUCGAUUCUCCAUCAUUACCAUUUGUUUUGGACAUUUCCAGCUCAAGGAAUGAUUCACAGAUGAAAUUCACAACAACAAUGGAAAUGUUUGAGACUUUUAAUUCCCAAUCGAUGAGGAAUUCAUUGGAAAAGGCUGAUCCUUACUUCGCUCUAAAGAGAUUCUUCUUCCAAGUCUCAGGAAUCAGAAUUGAACCGAAAACGUUGAAUGAAAUUAAUCUCGACGUUGAUCCAUCAGUUAAAAGAAUUUUCAGAAGAAACGUCAAUUCUUUUGUUUCAGGUUUGAUGGGUAUAAAAUUACAAGGAAAAGGUGUUCCGAUAUCCAUUGAUAAACCUGAUUGGGUAACUAAGUAUGUCAAUGCUGCUGUCAGUGUUCAUAAUGAGUUAUCCAAAUUCCCAACUUUGUUUUCUUUCUGCGCUCAAAUUCCUUUCUCAACAAUGUUGAUUUUGGAUGAUGAUGAGUCAAUUGAAAUGAGGAAUUUCAUGUAUAAUGCUAUUGUCUUGAAGUUCCCGAAGCUACAGAAGAAAAACAAUGAAGGAUUAAGAAGAGCUGCAGCCGAUUCUGAUGAAAUGAAGAGAUCAGAUCUCAACGCUUCUUUGAUAUUGUUGCCUUACAUUUUAAGACCUGAAUUAAUCAAGGAUUUCAUUAAGGAAGAAAUCAAAUAA